CUCAUAGCAACCACAAGUUGAUACUUUGCUCAUAUGGUAGAUCUAGAUAUAGAUAGCGUAAGUAGACCAAGACACAAGACAUAAACGUGCUAAAUCACCUUGAGAAAGACGCAUUAGAAGAGCUAGUGGCCGACUUCAAUGUAAGCUAAAAGAAAAAUACAGCAUUCAAGAAUAUGCUUUCCUGUGAAGGACAACAACAGCAGUCAGUCUCUUGUUCGCCAUCCAAAACCAAAAUCAUCCGUGAUGACUCCCAUAAAAUUGUGGACCCAUCCAGGAAGAAACUGGUGUCUUUGGAAACCCAGCGUAUAGCUGGUAUUCUAGAUGAAUGCAUCAGAAAAGUAGAGAUGGUUGCCUUGCUUCCCAUAGUCAUCACCCAGCCAGGCCUGCUAUCUGUUGGCAUGGACACAGAGCUAAGUGAAACUUUAAGUGGUCACUGGAGGGUUGGCGAGAGAUACGAGACUCUUGAGAGACAAACAGAGGACAAGCAGAUCCCAGAAGCCAAAGAAAAGGCCGACGCAGCCCACGCCGUCCACUCUUCUCUCCUGGACUUGUUCCGGAAGAUCCAAGCUUGUCCCACAGCUGGCAGAGCUAUUACAAACCUGAGGGACCUGGGGACAGACAGGAACCAGGACCUCCAGGGGCUGACCGAGGGCCUUUGCGAGCUGAGGUCGGUCCUGCUGGAGCGUCUGCUCACCACCCCCGCCGAGGAGAGGGAGCGCAUCAGCCGCAUGCAGGAGAUGUCCCAGCGCUACCAUAGCAACCUGGAGCUGGUGGCCACCUUGGAGGCAGAGGUGGCUGCUGCCAUCAAAGACAGGGAUGAGGAGAUCUCCAAGAAGAAUCAGACCAUCCGUCACCUGAAGAGCUCGCUGCACCAGAUGGAAAAGAUCUCUGAGGACUUUGUGGCCCGGACCCGUCAGGAGGCGGAGAAGCAGAACCUGUCGGAGCAGAAGACGUCGCACGGACGCCAGCAGGGCAUGCAGCAGGACGUCAACCUGUUGAGGGUGCAGCUCAACAACCUCCUCGUGGACGACCGGGAGCUGGAGACGGGCCUACGCAAGAGGAAAUAUAAGGUGGAGACAGAAAUUGAGAACUGGAUUCAGAAGUAUGACGCUGACAUGGGUGAAAAACAGACGGAGUUGGAGGACAUGGCGGAGGUGUUUGAGGAGGAGAAGGAGGAGCUGCGUGAGCUGGAGGAGCACUACGGCCUGCUGGAGGUGGAGUACACGCAGGUGAUGGAGGAGCGGCGGCUGGAGCAGCAGCGGCAGGAGGAGGAGGAGAGGGCCAGAGAGGUGAUGGGCCGCGCCGCCACCGUCAUCCAGGCCUACUGGAGGGGCUUCCGCGUGCGCAAGGCCAUGAGGGCAAAAGCCAAGGGCAAGAAGGGGAAGAAGGGCAAGGGCAAGAAGGGCAAAUGAACCCGGGCAAAAAGAAAAAUAAUGAUGAGGUGGCCCUUUUUAUUUUGGACUCAGAGGUCAUCUGGAUAUUUUAAUUGUUUGAAAAGAAGUUGUUUAAAUUAAAGCAUCAACUUGUUUGA